AUGGGCCCCUGUACCGCCUCCUCAUGCUGCUGCCAGGCCCGUAAUCUGCCAUGGGCCCCCGUACCAACUCCUCAUGCUGCUGCCAGGCCCGUAAUCUGUCAUGGGCCCCUGUACCACCUCCUCAUGCUGCUGCCAGGUCCAGAGUGUGUCAUGGGUCCCUGUACCGCCUCCCAUUGCUGCUGUCUCCAUCGCCACACUCUGCCAUGUGCCACUUUCAGGUCUCCUCACACUGCUGGUGGGUUCCAUUUUGUCAUAGGGUGCUGUAUGGCCUCCCAUUGCUGCUGCCUCCACCGCCACACUGUGGCUCCACACUCUGGUUUUGGCCCCGUGACUGCCCAAAUGAGUGAAGUGUGCGGUGAUUCUAAGAUCGACGGCACUCAUCUGCAUGUCAUACUGACUGACAGUAUUAUUUCUCUUCCCCAGCAGACUCCAAGGGCAUUUAAAUUAAAGGUACAGUGUUCUGCACUAAUAUAA